UAAUGUCCUUACUGUACUUGAGACACGUGUCCAUAUAAACUAUGUAUAGAAUGUGUUAUUUCUUAUAUUUUGUGUAAUAUUUUCAAUAUCUAAAAUUCAUAGAGAAUGAUCAAAUUCACGAUGUUAUGAAUAGAUAUAUUGUUAUGAUGACCACUUUGGCCUCGACUAUAGAAAAUUGCUACAAGAAUACAGCAACACGGUUAACAAAUUAAGUUCAUUUUCUGACAAUCACUGCAAGCAUGUUUCUUCUCAAUUUCGUAUUGUACUUAAGAAGACAUAAUGACUAUGUAAUACAACUGCAAAAAAUACAACCCAUGUUUCAAAUAAUACAGAUGGUUGCGCAAUAACUUAUUGCUUUAUAACAAAAAUGGCAAAAAAAAUUGAGCUAGUGACACUUGUUAUUUUGCUGAUACUUCGAUUUGUCAUAGGACAACCAACUGAUAAUUCCAAUACUGAGUUAGUAGUGGAACAAGAUGAUACUCUUGUUUUGUUUUCUACACUUAGAGGAUCUCUUAUAGGAGUUAGUCAACGGUCUGGAGAAAUACGAUGGCAACAAGAUAAUGAACCAGUAGUUAAAGUACCUAUUGAUCUACCAGAUACUAAAAUGCGUAUGUUUCUACCAGAUCCCAGAGAUGGUACACUUUAUUUAUUUGGUAGAGACUCAGAAGCAUUAAAAAAAUUACCAUUAACUAUCCCCCAAUUAGUGGCUAAUAGUCCUUGCAGAAGUAGCGAUGGCAUGUUAUAUACUGGUAGAAAAAUUGACACUUGGUUUAGCAUUGAUCCAAUGACUGGUGAAAGAGAACAACUCUUGAGCUUUAAUGAAGUGAAAAACACUUGCCCUUUGAAAAUACAGAAUGCUAUUUUUAUCGGCCGCACAGAAUAUAAUAUUAUUAUGGUUGACAGUAAACACAAAGACAGAAAAUGGAAUGUAACAUUCUACGAUUAUUCUGCAGAAAAAAUGGAAUCUGAUGUAGCUGAUAAUUACGAUUUAUUACAUUUUACCACAAGCUCAACAGGUCGAGUCGUGACACUAGAUAAAAGAUUAGGCAUGGUUCUUUGGGAAUUAGAUCUUAAAAGUCCGAUAAUAGCGAUGUACACCUUAACUGAAGAUGGAUUAUUAACAGUUCCUUUUACAAGUAUUGCCGAAGGGACACUGGAUUCAUUAUUGAGAAGACUUGCUGCAAAAUCAACUGAUAUUCAAUUAUUUAAAACUUUAUAUGUCGGGCAACAUCGGUAUGGUCUUUAUGCUUUACCAUCGCUAGUUGAUACGGAUACGACGACGAUAUCAAGCAAUAUUGAGCACUUGUUGCUGGAGGGGCCAUUAUUAACCUCGCAUCUUGAUACAGAUGACAAUGAAGUGCCACUGCCAGGAAAUCAUGUUUUUAUUUCUAACAUUGAUGUAGCUAAUGACUAUCAAAGCUUCAAACGCACUAAAAAUAUCAUUAUGUUAGAUCAUUAUAAUAUACAUACAGAAUAUAAAACACAGAAUCAGCCUCUUCAAAUAACCGGACGAUCUGACCCAAUAAUUGAAUCUUCAACAUUGAACGUUACUGGUACUAAUGUAUCUAUCGCCGUGCAGGCAGAUAUGCCAAACAAUAUAGUGCAGUCAGAAAACCAGCAGAAUUGGCAGAAGAUUAUAACGAAAACUUAUAACGCCACCAAAUCGUGGAUAAAUCAGCAAGAGGAUAAGGCUUUAAAAUUAACUUUAAUUAUACUUAUAGGAUGUAUUAUUGUAAUGUUGUGGUACAUAAGCACACAAAUUAAGGGAUAUCAGCAGUUGUCGCAAGGUUCGCGCGAAAAUAGUCGCACAAGCUACUCUAAUAAAGAUAGCUUAUCUAUUAUACCAGAAGAUAUUGGAGAGGGCUUAGUGAGAGUAGGAAAGAUUACAUUCGACACAAGACAGGUCUUAGGCAAAGGAUGUGAAGGAACAUUUGUGUACAAAGGUCAAUUUGAUGGUCGUGCUGUAGCCGUAAAACGUCUAUUGCCGGACUGUUUUAUGUUUGCUGAUCGAGAAGUGACCUUGUUGAGGGAAUCAGAUGCACACGCAAAUGUAGUUAGAUAUUUUUGUACUGAACAGGAUCGUAUGUUUAGAUAUAUUGCUUUAGAGUUAGCUGAAGCUACAUUGCAAGAUUACGUGGUGGGCAAAUAUAAUAAGGAGAAAAUAUCAGUAAAGGAUAUUUUAUAUCAGGCAACAUUCGGCUUAGCGCAUUUGCACUCUUUGGAUAUUGUCCACAGAGAUAUUAAACCUCACAAUGUGCUUCUUUCCGUUCCUGGACCACGAGGUGAAGUGCGUGCAAUGAUAUCAGAUUUCGGCUUGUGCAAAAAACUUCAGUUAGGUCGCGUAUCAUUUUCGCGAAGAUCUGGUAUUACUGGAACAGACGGCUGGAUAGCACCGGAGAUACUUAAUGGAGAGAGGACAACAUGUGCAGUUGAUAUUUUUUCGCUUGGUUGUGUUUUUUAUUAUGUUUUCUCUAGUGGCAAGCAUCCCUUCGGCGAUCCUUUACGAAGGCAAGCCAACAUCCUCUGUGGUGAAAGUAAUCUGGUAGCACUACAAAAUAUAUCUGCAAGUGAUAGAGAAUUAGCAGUACUACUCAUCAAGAUGAUGAUUUGCAACAAUCCUUCUGAUAGGCCACCAGCUUUGGCGAUUUAUAAUUAUCCUAUUUUUUGGAAUUCGUUAGAGAUUCUGAGUUUCUUUCAGGAUGUUAGCGACCGAGUGGAAAAGGAUCAAUUGGACAGUCCAGCUUUAAUAGCUUUAGAAACUUGCGGCAAGCGUGUAAUAGAAAAUGAUUGGGUAUCGUACAUAGAUGUAGAAGUUGCAUCGGAUCUACGAAAAUACAGAAGUUAUAGUGGCGAUAGUAUGAGGGACCUGCUCAGAGCUUUGCGAAACAAGAAACAUCAUUAUCGAGAAUUAAGCCCGAAAGCACAAGAAAGUCUUGGCGAGAUUCCAGGUCAGUUCACAGAAUACUGGCUAUCUCGAUUUCCAUAUUUGUUAUGUCAUGUGUGGUGUGCAAUGUACACUUUCCGAAAUGAAUCAAACCUUAAACGUUAUUAUCAUUCACAAUAUACUUUCUUGUGCGGUUGUGAAGAACAACAAGAGACCAUACGAAUAACUCGAAUGAAAAACGUACUAUCGACAUCAACCAAGAGAAUUAAUCCGAGCACCAAUCCAACGAGAUAUCGCGGUCAAAGGAAAAAACAGGAAAGAAAAAAACAAGAAGAAUCGACAAUUUGCUUAAAGUCGUUAGCUAAUUAAAUUAUUUUGUAUAAAAUAAUUUCAACAGAGAUAAAAUCAAAAUGAGAUGAGAGAAGAACAGUAUAUUAACGCACGCGCGUACAUCUAGACUGAAACAAAAUCUGAGUUUAUGAUUAAAUCUCCAUUUAAUUUUAAUAAGAUAUCCAAUAACAUAAGGAAUCGUUUUCGAUUCUUUAAGUACGACAAUAUUUAUUACAUAGUUUU